AUGCCUGCACUAACCCCCCCAGCCCUCGUCCUCGUCACUGGCGCCUCCGGCUUCCUGGGCCCAUACAUCGUCAAGGCACUGCUGGACGAUGGCUUCAAAGUCCGUGUGACGGCCAGGGACGCCGCCAAGGCCGACUACCUCACCACCACCUUCCCGGGCAUUGACGUCGCCAUCGUGCCCGAUGGUGCUGCCCCCAACGCCUACGACGCAGCCGUACUCGGCGUCGACGGGGUCGUCCACGCCGCUUCCCCGCUCGACACGACCAACACGGGUGACCCCGCCCUCGUUAUCGACCCCGCCGUCAAGGGCGUCACUGAGCUCCUUGCCAGCGCGGCCAAAAGCUCCGUCAAGCGGGUAGUUCAGAUCUCGUCCAUUGCCGCCAUCGCUCAUCCCAACUUUGAUCUCCCGCGCGUGCUAACUGAAUCCGAUUGGAACGACGAGUCGCCAGCCAUCUGCGCCGCCAUCGGUGCAUCCGCCCCGCCUUUCCUCAAAUAUCUCGCCAGCAAGUCUCUGUCCGAACGCGCCUUCUGGGAUUUCUUCAAGGCGUCCCAGAAAUUCGACGGCGUCGCACUCGACUGUGCCCUCGUAAGAAAUGUCUUUGGAUUCGCUGAUGAGAUCUAUGGAGAACCCAAGGGAUACGCGGCUAGUCAAGGCCGUGUCGAGGGCUCGAAUACUAGCCUUGUUCCAUGGAUCACCUCGCCUCCAGACGUGGAUCUGACCGCACAAGUCUUCCCCUGCGUCGAUGCCAAUGACGUGGCCAUAGCCGCCGUCCGCGCCCUCACGGUCCCUGCGGCCGGGGGAGAGCGCUUCCUCAUCACGACUAAGACGGCGCAGAAUAACGACUUUGCGAUAGCCAUCUCGAAAGGUAAUAAAGAUACCGAGUUCCGUGUCGCCCUCGAUCGCAAGGCUACCACGUUUGAGAAUGGAAAGGCGGAGAGAGUGUUGGGAAUGAAGUUCAAGGAUAAAGAUCAGGUGCUGGCUGGCUCCAUGCGUGCCAUCCAGGCGUUCCUCGAACGUAAGAUCUCCCAUCCUCCUUCUGGCCGUUGGCUGAUCUUCCACUCUGGCUCCAUCCGCCUCCCAUCGUCGCACAACCGCAAGGUCGCAGUCCAGAUCGUCGACCAGGCCCUGCUCCUGCAACGCUCCUUUGCGGGCGUACUGUUCCGCUUAUCGCCCAAUGACGUGGGGUGGUUGAAAUCGAUCAUGGCGGACGUCCAAGUCCUUACUAUUAGCGGCGAUGUGUGGCAUGGGAAUCGCACGUUGCCAUUUAUUGCCCUCGCUUCGAUGCCCGCUGCACAAGUCAAGUUCCUCAGGUGCUGGGUCGGCACCACUUGGCUCAUCCCUCCCGGCACCGAGGAGAUUACAAUCGACCUCAAAGUCGGCCCACAGGAAUGGAACUCGAUGCCGACUCCAACACCACUCACUUAUCCUCCCUCUGUACAGCGUGUCCGUAUCGCUCUUUCCGUGGAUCGCACCGCCCUCGCCAGUGUAAUCUACAAGCUCUUCCGAAACUUCCGGCCCGAAAUACGCUGGACCACGACUGGCAUUGACGAGACGACGCCUAGCCUCGACCAGCAAGGCCUCGACCUGCUCGGCCUGAUUGCUCGCAUGUCGGGCUCCGAGAUCGAGGACGUAAGAGCCGCCUUUGCAUAG